UAUCUCAACUCCAUCCUCCUGAACACUUUCUCCCCCUCUCUGUUCUUCUGCCCAAUUCCAGUGCUGCACUCGCUUGAUCCUUCUCCCCUCCCUCCCCUCUUGCUUGCUCCGUGUAUCUAAGAUGGGAGGUCGAAGCCCACAACUAUGAAUUGCAUUUCACUAGCAGCUCAUGCUUCUCUUCAUCCGCGUGAUUGCUUGAACAUGGAUCACAAUUUUACGUGGUCUGUUUGGGGAAUAUGUUGACGGGAAAGGGACUUCGCGAUGCUCCAACGACUCUCAGCGACUUGGAGCAUUGGUGUGCGAUGCUCCAACGGAGUGCAUUUGUAGAGUCCUUUCGAGGGUUGUUUGUAAAAUCACAAGAGCUGGGUGGUGGGCGGUUGUAAUCGCAGUAUACGCUCAGUGGUAGUGCAGAUGGUCUGGGGAGAUUGUUUCAAGUUCAGAGUCCCCUCAUAGCGUCAUGCCUCUUGGGGAAGUUGGAAUAAGGUUUAGGAGUGCGAUGGGUCUGGCCAUUCUGUGAACCACUGUCUCUUGGGAUUCCUUGUUCAUGGUCGACUGUGACCAGCAGAGCACAUUUUUGGAGCCGAAAUGGUCCAGGACAAGAGACGGAGUUCCAAAAUUGGUUUUGCAACUGGGAGCUUACAAAGAGAAGCUUUCAAGUUGCGGAGGAAACAGUGCAUUCACAACUGGCGGGCACGGAGAGGCACCAUAACGAGAUCAGAGCUGGACCAUACAUAAGAUCUGAGAAAUCUUCACAGAAGCGAGAUAUUCAGUGAGUGGAAAGGGGAAGAGAGUGAUGGACGAUUCUGAGUGGGAGAGAGCAGUGAUGCAGGGACAUUCUUUUGCAAACACUUGCCAAUGGUUUCCUCGACCGAAGCUGGAGAUACCCUACACUGAGCCGGCAACUUUAAGGAGGCGAGGGGGAGCGGCCAGUGCGCAGUCUCCUCGAGGAAUUUACGAUUUUCCCAUCUCCCCUCAAAGCCCUAGCGAGGGCAUAAUGUUGAGCCCCCCCAUGAAAGUAGCACCCAUGAAAACAACACCCCGGUCCUGUGUCCAAGAUUCCAUCGACCAGGCGCCGAUGUGUGCUCAAUUUAGCCCUGGAAGCAAUCAUCCAGGCCAUGGUUUCGGUGACUGCAAUGCCCAGUGCGGUAGGAAUUUGUGCUACAGGUCCCCUGUUUCACAAUUUAGCUCUGGAAGUAAUUUCUCAAGCCAUGGCUUUGGUGAUUGCAACGCUGAGUGCAGCAACAACAGAAAUUUUUGCAACAGAUCCCCUGCUUCACCAUUUUUUAGUUCUGGUGAAAAUGUUUUGGUCCGCUGUAAUCAAACCAAAUGGCUCGUUGGACAGGUGAGGCGCACGUCAUCCACCAACAUCAAAGUUUGGAUCGGAGCGGCAGACACAUUGGUGAAUGUUCCGGUAGAAUUAUUGCCGACCCACUUGGCGCGGUUGGAUUGCCCAACGCCCUCCUCAUCACCUCGUGAUUCUCCUAGUGCAGCUGAGUCCGAGAUCAAGGCUCGUGUGCAGUGCGUGAGGCCGGCGCAUUUGUCCCACCGGCACCUCUAUCAGCGCAUCUCACCUGCCGGUUCUUUGACCAGUACUCCGCAGAUGCGUCAAACUCAAUACACAAGCCCUGCACCCAGAGACCCACGAUUGAAUUACGAGAGACCUGGUCAUGGUUUCGUACCUUCCAAUGCUUCCACUCCACCAGAUCUAUUAGAGCUUGUCGUAGAACAGUUCGAGAAGAAGAUGCCCGUUCCUCCACCACAUUCCAUCUUAAAGCGUUCCAGCGACCCCCUUAAACCUGCGAGAGAGGAAUCCAUCCCUCCAAGACCAACAUUCGGGGCACACAGGAACUACGCUGAUUUUCAAGCUCAGUACAAUUGGAGGCAAUGUCUUUCACAGAGCAGUCAAGAAGUUAACGGACCAAGCUACCCCCGGGCUUCAGCAUUGCCAAUGCUAAACCUUAACCUAAACAGUGAGGGUGCACCAACGUUCAGCUCGCCAUAUACAACCGGAGGACAACACUGCAAUUGUCUCCAUGCCAAAGCAUCAAUUCUGGAAGGCCACGAUCUGCUGCACAGUACGCAGUCACCAAUGCAUGCCCCUGAAGGGGGUUGUGUCGAGUGCCCACUGAACAAACUUCAACAACACGAGCAGCUCUUGUCACUGCAAGUGCCAAAGAAAACCACCUCGGACAUUGAAGAGGAGAUCAGUCCUAAAAGUCAACCUCCCCCCUGUGAGAUUUACAUCAAGGGCAAAGAAAUACACCACAAGGAGAGACUAUCCUCGAGCUCAAGCUGGGUGGAAGGCAGAAAUGGAUUGCGUCCAGUGAGCAGGAGAAGCCAAGGUUUGCCUCUUGAACGCUCCAUUUCCUUGGAUAGCUUCCAGUCACCCCUUGUUCCUGGCUUGAGAGACACCAGAUCUCCUGAGGCGAAACCUCCAAAACAGUCCACAUUCUCAGCUGAGCCGAAGUGGGUGACAGUCAUUGAGAAGUUUGGACAUUGUAUCCGCAAGUUGUAGCAGUUUCUUAUUUAUUAGUAGUAUUAUUAUUAUUACUAUUUUCUGUCAUUACCAAUGCACCUGCUGCAUUUCUGCAAUUUGUCAUCGAUGACCUGUUGCAAGAAUUCAAGGGCUGUGGAUAGUUUGAACGUUUGUAGUUUGCUGAUUGAAUAGAAAGGAUCACUAAUGCGUUAAUUCUGACAUAGUUCUGAUAAUAAACUUGAACUGAUACAAUGUGGAUCUCAUUGCAAAUACUGUAACAGGCCUUUCUUUUUUCUGGGCUGAAUCUAUUUUUUGGGAACCA